AUGCGAGUGCAAAUCGCAAAAGGAGUUCCAGGGCAGAGAGAUUCGUUGGCCCAAAAGCAUAGGAGAUUGCUGGUGGUUUUGGGUAGCUUCGCGUCAUCGUCUGCCGCCAUCUGGCAGAUCUUGAACCAGAGCUCCGGUGGAAGGUCAAGGGCUGUCCGCAAAUUAGUACCAACUCACCUUGUCCCUCGAACUGAGCACCUCUCACCUCCGACUAUUACCGCUGUUCUGGAUCGUGUUGGUUGGUUCUGUGAGCAGAGCGGAGCAGAGCGGAGUUGUGUCAGCCUUGCUGUAUACUUCCUGCACUUCCGGCCAAUCGAUGGCGCUUUUCGUCAGGCUGCCACUGUUCUCCUGGCUUUCCUGCCAUUCAUGCCAUUGCCCACUUCAGCCUCAGGAUGUCGGCCACCAGCACAAAUCACCACCUCUUUCCCCGUCAUCAUCCCAGGCCUCAUCUUCUCCUGUUCCCAUCUCCCAAUGCAGCGCAAGCACGUCGUCCUCGGUGAGUUCGCUCAGCUGCUUCCCUGCAUGUUAUGGCUUCCCAAUGUCUCGCAGCUGCUGUGGGUGUUGCAAAGCUUCGUCAAGAUCGGGCGUGAGAAUGUCGUAUCGAGACUCAAGUAUCCGAAAAGCUUCUCACGAGAUCCCGGUCCUGCUCCAGCAGUGCAAAAGGCGUUUCUGUUUCCAACACCGCUCGUUGUGAUGGGCGCCGUACCAGGGAAGGUGAUCCAUGAUUCGAUCCCAGGUCCCAAGAGUCUCGGAGACCCUGUAACGUGCAUCCCACCAAGCUCACGCAUGGAAGUGCUGUGCCACGUGGAAGCGCCGUCUCUCCCAACUCUUGUUUUGCCACAGGCGCUGCUGUGCCAAUGGUCGUGUCGGCGGAGGUCAUUUCUGCGAGCGAGAGGAGAUGCGGCGCGGCGUGGGAUGACUUCCUUUCGCAGGUUGAGGAAGGCGCAUAAGCCCGUCGUCUGGUAUUCUUCGUCCCUGUCGUCGUCGGAGACCAGUUGGGCGGUCUGUAAUGAAGUAACAUCUCGAGUUCUUCUCCGCUUGUCUGAGAAAGAUUGCCUUCAAGAUUCGCGCAAGAACAAGAACAGGAGGAAAGACACCGGCAUCAAAACCAAACUGCCAUGCUUUCACCCAUUCAUGCUAUGCCAUGCCAUGCUUGACUCCCGAUCCCAUCAUGAUUCAUCUCAAGUUUUCUUUUUUUUUUCACGCCAUGCCAUGCAAUGCUUCACUCCCAUCACGAUUCAUGCGAAACUUUCAUCCCUUCCAUGCCAUCCUAUGCUAUGCCAUGCUUCACUCCCACUAUGA